AUGGCACGACAACAGCGCUCAGGGACUCAACCCAGCAGUAACAGCAAUCCUGGUGUUGGCACUGAACUCCGGCGUUCAUCCAGAAAAGAAUUACCAACUAUGAAGAUGCUUUUGGCCAAGGCAGCGUCGAAAAAAAAGAGGGCUAAGAUUCCUCGGAAAGCCAAUGACACUCAAGCUGAUGGAGAUUUAGAGAAGCGAACAGCAUCCGAUGAUGGACUCAUUGAGUCGGGACCAGCACGAAAGAAACAAAAGAGGUCCGGUGCUCUGCUGAGGAACAAGCAAGGUCUGUCAAAUUUUGCACGAUAUGAUGCAACGCUUCAAAACUUUCAUGCACACAACAUUUUAGAUUUCGCUAAUGAAACGCAUGUAACAAGGGCUCUAGACAAGUGUAGAAAAGACAAAGGUGAAGCUCCCGAUGACAGCGACGGUAACCGAUACAAUAAGUCUCUCGCAGCAGGAAAGGACAGUGAAGUAGAAGUGGAUACCGAUAACUUGUCUGAUGCCUCCGAAAUUCCAUGGCGCCAAUGUCAAGCCCAGCGCAAGUCUGUGUCGAGGAUCAUUGCAAUGCCAGGAUCAACUGUAGAUUCUCCUCGUCAGGAGGACUUCGGCAAACAAGAUUUACAUGAUGAGGAUAAUUCCUCAGUUGCCGAGUCCGCUGCAGAACAUGCUGGAGACAACCAAGCCCUUGUUGCCAUGACCUGUGACAUCAUGAGUGCUCCCAAGUCAGUCAAUCUGGACAUUACUGAAAUAGGACUACCGGAUGAGCACAUCCACAGAGGUCAUUUGAUGAACACCCCUAUGGUUAGACAUAAGACACGCAAUCGUUGGCAUGGCCAAGCUGUGAGAGACAUAGAUCUAACUCCAAAUGUACCACGACUUGAUGCUAUUUUGGCUGAUGAGCGAGGUUUAUCAACUUCCACCAGCAAUGACGGCAUGCACCACUCAGUGCACAUUCAUGCUGCCUCAUGCCCCCAAUCCCCUGAAGCACAAACCCACCCUCUCUCUCCUUCCCCUUCACGUGCCACCUCUGAAGCCCCUACUGUGGGUUCCCAGGUCACUGGAGCCUGCACUGCCCAGCCACCACUCUCUGCAUCGUCUUCAAGUACACAUUCAGUCCAUUCAGCCCCGGCUCAAAAGCCCGCGAAGAAAGCCCUUCGUGCCCAACUCAAGGUCACGAUGACCACUCCUAUGAUGGAUACUUUGGACCUUGCCCAUCAACACUUUUAUUAUCUUCUACUGAAGGACCCUUUUGCCAGUCGCGAACAACACCUUGUCUUGGCCAGGGAAGCCUUCUCUCGUGCCUUUGGGCAGAAGCCUGAAUCGCAAUUCGAGAUUUCUCAACAAAUGCUGACAGCACUUGUUGGAAGCAUAUCAAGAUUCCGAGGCCGCUUCAAGGAACAGGCAGAGAAAGUUCUGACUAAUCUUUAUUCUGUGCCACCUGGUGACAACUCAUCGGCAGAUGUUCAAGAGCGAGUCAAGUACCUUCUAAAGGAAGGAAAUUUUCGCUUCAAGAACCCUGCUGUGGUUCCUCGUCAGGGUACCUUUGCACACCCUGGUAUUGUGUCUGUCAUGAGCACAUUCUUCACAGGUUGCAACCUCAGGGGAAAAGCUCCACCCAGUCUUGAGUUCAUCGAAAAGUUUGAUACAAUUCAACCAAGUUUUAUUGCAUUUGCCAUUACCGCUAUUAUCUGUGCUCUUGACGACCGCAAAGAUGGAAGUGCCAAAAAGAAAACUCAAUUUAAGGCCGAAGUCUAUGGACCAAAAUAUGCAAAGCAGUUGAGUAUUGUUACAGCAUGGAAACAUGAACACCCACUGCUUUGGACAAAGUUGGAGAAAGAUAUUAAGGAUGAAUUGAGGAAUAAACUCAUGCUCCAGGAGAAGAUCACCCACAUAGGGUACUCCAGGAGGAGAUUACAUGCAUCGACCACUCCGGAGCUAAUGAGCCUUUCCUGGACCGGCCAAUCUCCUCCUGGUUCUCCCAGUGCUCUCCAUACUCCGGAGUCCUCAGGAGGAUAA